AUGGAUAAUGCUCUCUUAGCUCUUUCUCUAAAAGAUGAUGACGAUGCCCCUUACAAUUUACCAGAUCUUCCUCAAUACUAUGCUACAGAACGGAAUGCAUGCAGUCUAAUCGGCCGUCUUCUCAACCCGGAACAUCUAAACAUCGCGGAUCUCAUACUUGAUAUGCCGAGGAAAUGGCAAAUCGUCAAUCGAGUUAGAGGUAUCGCUCUCACCAAAGAAAGAUUCCAGUUCAUCUCAUGCAUGCAUAUGGCCUUCAAGAUGUCCUCGACAAAGGCAUGCAAACCUUCAAAGACUGGGGUCUAG